GACUGUUAUGAGAUGGGUUUACUUUCAUACUUAUCUCUUUUCCUUUUAUAAACAUUCAAGCAUCAAUAUGGUUACAGUUCUCUCAAGAUCAUAUUCAUGUGCGCUCAGUCGUGGAUUGGUUUUUAUGUCAAAUAGUUCGUGUAAAAAUCUUUCCGUAGAAUAUUUUUGCUUGUGAAAUCGUUUUAUGGAGUGUGUUUUAAAUAAAUAAAUAUUUUAUUAGCAUCUAUAAAUGCAGGUGAUUUGCAGAUUUGACGUGCUAAUAAAUUAUAUAAGGACUUAUGAUAUAGUAAAAGAUGAUGGCAAACGUCCAUUGGUCGAGAAUUUCAGCAAGUAAAAUAUUGCGAAACGUGUUAACAGCAAUUUUGAUAUUAUUACACACACAAAGAAAUAAUGCUAAUCAAAAUCCAUUUCGUGAUCCAAGCAUUUGUGGAAGACCGCAAUGUGAAACGCCAUUCAGAAAAUUUUAUUUUCGUAACAAUUUAUAUAAAUACGAAUAUAACGUAGACUUAAAUACAGAAUUUUCCGGUACAGACAAUAAUGCGUCCAGCAUUUUCUUAAAAGCAGCCGUUAUCAUAUAUUUUCCAAAGCCUUGUGACGGAUUUUUACAAAUCACGGAUGUUAAACUUUGGGAUCAUCAGCAUAUACCAAACGAUGACGAAUUCAGCAAUAAUGCUCAUAGCAGAAACGAAAAUUUAGAUGAAGAUGAUUAUUAUGGGGAGUUUACGGACUCAAGUGGUUAUAAUGAACCUAAUGAUGAUUUUAGUAAUAUGCAUCCAAAAAGUCUUGAGCUGGCAAAAGAUUUAAAGCAACAUUUGUUACGCUUCUCAUUCAACGAUGGGCUUAUUUCGGAAAUAUGCCCAAACUUCCGAGAAUCAGUUUGGGCUUUAAACUUUAAAAAAGGCAUACUCUCUACUUUUCAAAAUACAAUGCUGCGAUUUGAUGUCGAUUUCAAUACAACAGAAGUCGAUAUAUCCGGGGAGUGCAAUGUGCAGUACACAUUAAAAGAUGUGAAUAAUGUUUUUAUAAAAAUACGUAAGACAAAAAACUUGCCAACAUGUCAGAAGCGCUAUUCAACUAAUUCUAUACUACAAUCUACUCCAUAUACCUUUCGUGAUGAUAAAGCUAUAUGGCCCAUAAUUGACUCUAUAAGUUACUGUGAUAUGGUAAUCAACAAUAAUAUGUAUGAUGAAAUUAUUUGUCGUGAACAGCAUCAACUAGUUAUUUUUUCAAACAAUCACACUGGUGCUAUUACCAGAGUAGAGUCUCGGCUUGUACUGCAAGGGGAAGAAAACUACAACAAAGGAGAUUUCUUAAUUGAGCAGGAUAACAUUGUGGAACGACGUUCAACACUGCUUUUUGACCACACUCCUUCUACAAAGCCAACCCCUACUGAAAUUAAAUUAGCACGGGAUCUGCUAAAGGAAAUGUGUAUUCGUGGAUUCCCAUAUAUUAAACGAAAUUUUUUAGGUGUCUUCACUAAUUUCCUGCAUACAAUUAAGCAACUUGACUAUGAAGCUUUGACACAGCUUCUUGGACGUUCAACAAGUAUAUGUGAGAAAGGAAAGAAUCAUGUUCUCGACGCAUUACCUUAUAUUGGGAGUUCUGCAUCAUAUCAACUCAUGCGAGACCAACUUCUUACAAAUAGUGUAUCUAAAAACUUGGCACUCAACUGGAUUAAGUCUCUAUCAUUUAUUCGACGUCCCGAUGAAGAUACUGUUGAAACAUUUUACACCAUUCUUGAAUUUUCACGUGUCAAGGAUGAACCCGAAUACACAUUAUGUACAACCGCUGUUAUACGUAGCUUUUGUCUAUAUAAUUCUAAUUGCAAAAAAAAUAUGCGAGUUAAAUUGAUCACAAAUUCACUUGAGACAGAAUUUGUGAAAAUUUUUAAUUCAUUUCGUGGUGAAAGGCGUUUAUAUGAACGACUGAUUGUUAUAAUGAAAGGUCUUGGAAAUAUCGGCGUUUUAUCAGAACAAUUUAUUGCCCAAAUGCAGAAAAUAAUAUUGGAUGAGAAUGUGUUGUUGAACCUUCGCUUAGAAUCAGUUUAUAUAUUUAGACGGACGGACUGUGUUUUACAUCGCUCAUUACUUUUGAAUAUCUACACAAACUUUAACAUUCAUUCAGAAGUACGAAUUGCAGCUUAUUUGCAAGUUAUGAUUUGUCCUGACUACUUCUCAAUCAAGAAAAUAAAAAACACUUUAAAAACUGAAGAAAUUAAUCAAGUUGGUUCAUUUGUAUGGUCGCAUCUGAGGAAUCUAGCGAAGUCAUCAUCACCCUUAUAUAUUACAGUCCAGACUUUGUUGCUUGAUGAUGAUAUUUCUAAUAAAUACGAAUUAGAUAUUCGAAAAUUUUCCCGUAACUAUCAACAAAACUUGUUUUUCGACGAGUUUAAUUUCGGUAGCACUGUAGAUAUGAAUGUAAUCUUUGGCACAGAGUCAUACCUACCACGCAUGUUGAUGUUUAAUUUUACUUCUAACCUUUUCGGUCAUUCGAUAAAUUUUUUGGAGCUUACAACAAGGGCCGAAGGUUUUGACGAAUUAAUAAGCUCAAUCAUAAUUUCUGAAAAAUGGUUCAAUGAGGAAAGCAUAUUAAAGGAAAACGGGUUAAAACAUGUGUUGGAUAUAUUCCGAAAAUGGUUUGAAAGUUUAAAGAAAGAUAAUUCUGAUACAACAACACAUAACUCAGUCAAUGGUAAUCUUCCUUUAUUUAAUCAAAGCUCUAAAAAUGAAAGAUUGCUUAAGAGUUCGUCUCUUAGAGAUGAGUUCUGUGAAACUAAGUGUCUCCUGAAACGAUCAAUCUCAAUUAAAGAUGUAAAUAAUUACAGAAAAGAUUUACAAAAAGUUAUUAAAAACAUAGGAUAUAAACUCAAAUACGACUAUAACAACCCUAAAGCAUAUUUUGGAUUGCGCAUUUUUGGAAAUGACUUACAUUAUUAUUCUUUAAAUGGGAUACACGAUUUCGCAAAGCUGGCCAAAGAAUUUAAUAUUUUAGAAAAGAUUUCGGAAAUACUUUCUGGCCAAGAAAUUACUUAUUCAAAAACAAACAUAUUUCUUGAAGCUUCUUAUAUUGCGCCUCUAUUGAUUGGUUUACCGUUAUCAAUAGAUUUAUUUGGCGCUUCUUCCAUAGACCUUCGUUUAUCGGGGAAUAUAAAUCAUAUGAAUCCAACUGCUUCAGAAUGGAACUUCGCUAUAAAAGGCAAAUUGAAGCCAACAAUAUUAGUUAAUUUUGUAGGAACAAUGAAAUCGGAUAUGUUUUCUGCGCAAUCGGGUAUUAAGGUGAAAAGUACAGUCUAUUCAAACACGGAGGCUGAAGCAGAUCUUAUUGUUGAUGGUAAAAACUUAGUUUCAUUCUCGUUUAGCUUACCACAAAAUACCAGUGAAGUUUUAAGUGUUCAAUCUGAGUUAAUCAAAAUGACAAAAAGCAAAGAUGAACCGCAGACUGGUGUUCAGCCACGUAUAUUCAAUACUACUUGCACAUGGUCUUCAUUGGAAACAACAUUUGGUUUAAAAAUGUGUAUUGACUACAGCGUUCCAAAUAUCAAUACUUCUAAACAAACUCUCUAUCCUGGACUUAUUCUAAGCGGACCUCUGAACUUCAGCAUUGUGUUAUCGAAAUCUGACCCGAAAGCAAAAAAAUGGACUUUUGAAUUUACAUCGAACAAACAGGAUAAUAACUCAAAAUGGGCAUUUAUAUUUCAUACUCCUGGAUCCUUACAUGAACGUUCGAUCUCAGCUAAUAUUAACACGUUCCCAGAAAGCUUUAAUUCAUCAAUUUUUUUUACACAUGGACUCAAUAAAGCAGCAGUCAUAUGUCAAUAUAUAGGAGGUACGAAUUACAAACGAUUCGAAUUUUUAUUACAAAUGAAUAACGUCAGUAGUCUUGAUUUAAAUAUGGAACUUAAACGCUUGCAAGAACGAAAUGUGUGGAUUUACAAACCGAAAAUGUUAUUGGCCGUAAAUGGCGUCAAUAUAACAGGAGCUCUGGGAACAAUGCGUGUUAAUGAAAAAAAUGGCAUAACUCAAAGCGACAUAGACUUUUCUUUUGAGACUCGUAAAUUGCAAAUGCUCAUGCGUGGUGUUAUGAUGCAGAGUGAAGUUACAAAAUCAGGAAAUAUCACCGUAAACUAUAGGUUUCAAACAAAUAAAAUAGAGAGUAUAUAUUUAGAAGGACGCCUACUAAAUUCCUUGGAUAAAUCCAAGGUGGAAUAUGAUGGAAAUAUAAAGCUUAGAACUUCAGCACACCCAAAAUUAAAUUUUGCAUCAAAUGCAACUUGGCGAUCAUUGCAGGGCCACACUGAAGGUAUUUUAACUUUUAAUAAUGCAAAAGACUUUAAGGAUCCAAACUCCACGACCAUUUUGCAUUUAAUACUGUCGCGCUCCUAUUCCGAGGAAAAUAUUUGGGAAGGUUCUCGUUCGUAUGCCAGCUUUAAUGUCAAGAUUCCCCGCUCUAAGGUCAACUUUAAAUUAUUUAUCAAACACGAGGAGCGAUAUAAAAAUGGCAGUGAACACAAUAUUUUAGCUGAAAUUCUUUUAAGUCCAGAAAAAGAGGCCUUGUUUCUGUUUUCUGUAUUAAUUCCGCAACGCGAUCUGCUAACAUUCGAUGCUUCUUUUAACAUCAGUGCUUCGAAGUUCAACUCAUGUUUCGGACGGUUGAAAUUUAUAGAAACAGUUCCUAAAUCCUUUUUGAUUCAAUUUAAUGGUGCUUGGUUCACAGAAGACUACAUUGUAGUUAAAGUUAACUAUAAAAACCGUAACCGGCUGCAGGUGCUAAAAAUGAUCACAGAAAGUGCUAGUUUUGAAACUACAACAUUAAAUGCUGUGUACCGAAUAACUCAAACAUUCAUCUAUAGCAAUUUAAAUUUUAAAUAUGGUAACGAUCUAUAUGAGUUUGCUAUGCAACUUAAUUCCCAACCCGACAAUAUUAAACCCGCUAUUUGUGAAAUACAUAUAAAUUUAAAAGAAAAAAAGUACUGGCUUAAUUCCAGUUUGCUAAUGUCACAGUCGAAAAUGUGGCAAAUGGAAUUACAUAUAGAUAAGUAA